GUUACAUAUGUGUGUAGGUCGGUAGCCACUUCUACGGAUCUACAUCUUAAAUACGCAAGCUAAAUAACCGUUAGAACUUUCUCGUCUAACACAUCAUAUUACCUACAAAGUCAUUGUUACCACUGUUACUAUUAUUUCCUUCUUCCCGCCUUCAUCUACUUUUUCCUCCUACGUUUCUAUAUAAACUCGCUCCAAAUUCUUGCCUUCUUUCCGCUUUGUUGAAAUUAGAGUGUUUUGUUACUACGCCACCUUAAAACGGAACUUGUCAAACUGCCGAAAGCGUCUAGAUCUGCCAGCCAGCCUCACCAACAUUUUCAGAUCAUCGGAACGCAUACCACUCUCAACUCUAUGCUCUCAUAACCUAUUCGUUUAAAAGUUAGAGGGAGGAAAGGCGACGACGUGGCAUAAUAUAUCCAACGUCAAUUUGGCCUAUCAUGGAGGCCGCCGAGUUGGACAAUGAUACGAGGGGUUGGAUCAUGUGCCUAGUGAGCGGCGUUGCAUGCGUGAUAGGAUCCGCUAUUAUUUGCGUCGAUGUCAUCGUCCGGCUCUUCCCCGGUAAAAAGGAUUUUCGAAUACAAGACAGCAAUAUCUUUCUCGCCUGCUCGCUGAGCUUGAGCUUUGGCGUAAUGUUGUUCAUGUCGCUGUACAGUAUGUUACCCGAAUCGAAGGACUACCUUAUAAAGGGAGGCUUUUCAGAUCAGACGGCAGGCUUCGUCUUGAUGGCCUGCUUUGUAGGCGGAUUCGUGGGUAUUCAAGUAUUGUCGAGAUUAUUUCACCGGCUUAUACCUUCGCACGUCGUCGACUGCGACCAUAGCCACGAUGAUCAUGCUUUAUUAGAUAGCCAUCAUACUCAUAUAGAUGGCUUCAGCGGGAGGCUAUCUUCACAUGCUUCCCAUGCUCGAAGUAUCGGUAAACGCAAUCAUUCCACACAUGCCCAUCUUGACGGCCUAAAGCCUCUAGUGAGCGAAAACGGCCACGCUAGUGAGAUUACGCCGCUUCUACAAACAGACACCUCCAACGAAACAUAUCGUGCCCGGCCACUGAGGAGGGCAGAGACCGAGAACCCCACAGAUGGGCACCUACCUACAGCCUUGCGCAGCCCUCGCAGGCGAGCGAUGACGUCGGAAAGGCGACCUUCGAUGUUGCAGAAGCGAGUUAUGUCCUUUGUAAAAGACACGAAGCCUAAUUGCGAUGAGGCUGGCCCUUGCUACGGAUACUCAGAUCCGUGUGGACAAGAAUGUUUCAAGCACCUCAGCAGCCGACCCGCACCCCUAUCCCGAGUGUCUACUUUACUUCGUUCUGCUACCAUAGGACAUACCGAACAGUGUAUUGAUACGGUAAACGAGGACGACAAUCUCGAUACUUCAUCUACUGUAAGCCCUAUGUGUCGGAUGAGUCGUGUGCAUUCGCGUGAUGUUCACCACGAACAUGAAGAUGAACACAACUCCGAGAUCUCGGAAGACGUUGAGGCCCAGCAUCAUCAUCACGUUCCCGAGAACGCCUUUCUGUCCAUCGGCCUUCAGACCUCUAUUGCGAUCGCUCUACAUAAAUUCCCCGAAGGCUUUAUCACUUACGCAACGAAUCAUGCGAACCCUUCCCUUGGUUUCAACGUAUUUCUGGCACUAUUUGUGCACAAUAUUUCCGAAGGGUUUGCACUUGCAUUGCCGCUCUAUAUGGCCCUACACAACAGAUUCACUGCUAUGCUAUGGGCUUCUGUACUAGGUGGUCUAAGCCAGCCAUUAGGAGCGAGCAUCGCGGUACUGUGGUUUAAAUUGGCCCAGCAUACGAACAUAACGCCCGACGCCGUGGCGUACGGUUGCCUAUUCGCUAUUACGGCAGGCAUUAUGGCUAGCGUGGCCCUGCAGCUGUUCGUCGAGAGUCUGAGCCUCAACCACAACCAGAAUUUAAGCAUUUUAUUCGCGUUCUUGGGUAUGACACUGCUGGGGAUCAGCAAUGCCUUCACCGCACACGCACAUUGAUUAUAAUAUGCACCUCUCCACCCCCGAACUAGGCAUAGGGGAGGGCUGUGUUAUUAAUCGCCGUCUUUUUUUCGUUUUAAGGCUACAGGAUGGGAAUAGGCAAGGGUAUCAAUUAAUUGAUUGAAAGCAUCAUGCGCGGCGUCCUUGAAAUUUUUACGGAUACGAGGGAUGCUAGGCACGAAACUCACAAUUCAUAAGGAUAACUACC